AUGACCGACCGCAAACAACGACGGUUCAGCACGGCCCAGCAGGUUAAUCCAGACACCAUGAAGGUGAUGGAUGGCCGGCUGAGUUCGAUUACCACAUUGGAAGACGGAGUAACGGGCCCUUAUAGAAAGAACUCCAUCCCCCACAAACUGACUUCCACCUUCGGUCAGCUGGCCUUGUUCAAGGAUGAUGAAGAAGAUGAAGAACAACAAGUGGGCGGACAGAGUUUCAUUAGUGGAUUCACAACUCCAGGUCCAAAGGAGAGGGCUACAAGUGCAAAGAAAAAGGUAAUGACCCCAAAAUAAAAGAUGCUCCAAUGAUAUAUGUAGACAAAUUGUUUGGAGAAUAUUUCAGGCCAAUCUAGGUGUAAUGUUGGGCGUGUAUCUCCCCACUAUCCAACACAUCCUGGGCGUCACCAUGUUCAUCCGUCUCUUCUGGGUCGUCGGAGUGGCUGGUAUCUGGUACACACUCUUGUUGUUACUUCUUUGUUGUUCUUGUGUAAGAAUAAUAAUUGCAUGCUAAUUAUACUUGCUGCAGACAUUACUCACUAGUAUCUCUUUAUCGGCAGUGGCGACAAAUGGAGUUGUGGAAUCCGGGGGUGCCUACUUCAUGAUCUCCCGGAACCUGGGUGCUGAAUUCGGAUCGGCGGUGGGGAUUUUGUUCUAUCUUGCGAAUACAGUAGCAACUUCAAUGUAUCUUGUGGGUGGAGUGGAAGUAUUGCUCCUUUAUAUAUGUCCGCAAAUUACAAUUGGAGGUGAAGCAGCCCACAGCGAUACUGGUACGUUAUAUUGUGUAAUUCCCACGCAAUAUUUUGCGUAUUUGUCAUCAAAAUCUCUGCAGGCUUGAUGGGCAUGAUGUCCCACAAUUACCGUAUAUACGGGACCGCCUUGUUGCUGAUCAUCAUGGUCAUUGUGGCCCUGGGAGUUAAAUUUGUUCAACUUUUGGCCCCAAUUUCCCUUGCUUGCGUCAUCGCAUCGUUGCUAGCUUGUUAUGCUGGAGGUGUUGAAAAGGCGGUAACAGGCAGUGGGCAACACGUUUGCAUUUUACAACCUGACGAAAUGGGGCAGGCACAUCUACUGCAGUCAAAGAUAUUGAAAAUGCACAAUGUUGACAUCGGCGAGAUCUGCAAAUAUUGCAAGAAAUCUGAUGCGUAAGUUAAAUAUCGCCUUCAUUAUGCAAUAAUAUCCGAUGACUUUUUUGUAAUCUUUAUAUGUACUUUUAGAUUGGGUGAAUUAUUUUGCACUGAAAAUGCAAAUGGCAGUGAAAGCGGAUCUUGUCAUCGGUACCAAUCGGGGACACUAGAGUGCACGAACGGAUUCCCAGGAAUAAAUGGUGACAUAAUGAGGAGCAAUCUGCUUCCCAUGUGGAUGGAGGAAAAAGAAACGGCUCCCGGAGAGAAAGCAGAUACGAAUGUGGAUGUGUUCCAGGAUGUGAAGGUCACUUUCUUCGUUCUUCUGGCCAUUUAUUUCCCUGCCGUCACUGGAAUUAUGACCGGGUAAGUACUUCUUGACAAAUCCAAGCUUUUAUAAUUUUGAUUACAAAAGAUAAAAUAAAAUUUUCAGUACAAACAUGAGUGGAGAUCUGAAGGAUCCACAGAAAAGUAUCCCCAGUGGAACCAUUGCAGCAACAAUAACGACUUCACUCAUCUAUGUAACCUUGGCCAUCUUGUUCGGCUCGUCCAUUAUAGGGGAAGUGCUGCGAGAUAAGAACGGGAAGAGUAUCGAGAGUCACAUGAUCGUAGCUUCUCUUGCAUGGCCAUCACCUUGGGUUGUAAUUGUUGGUUCUUUCCUUUCUACAUUUGGUGCAGCUUUGCAAUGUCUAUGCAGUAAGAAAACAAAAAUUGCGGAGUUAAUCAAAUUCCAGGUGCCCCACGUCUUCUGCAGUCCAUUGCCAAGGAUGACGUCAUUCCUAUCUUGAAGCCGUUUGCUCGAGUGACCAAGAACAACGAGCCUUUCCUGGGGUAAGCAUAUAACACUCCUCUUCCUUAGACUCCUGUUUAGACUUCUUAUAACAACCUUCAUCGCUGAAUUGGCGAUCCUUCUUGGGGCCGUGGAUGCCAUUGCCGAAGUCCUCGACUUCUUCUUCUUGAUGUGUUAUGCUUUCGUGAACCUUGUUUGUGCCUUACAUUCUCUCCUGGGGGCUCCUAACUGGCGUCCUAGGUUUAAAUAUUAUCAUUGGUCGCUUUCUCUGACAGGCGCCUUCUUAUGUUUCUUCAUCAUGUUCGCAUCCCAAUACGUUUAUGCCUUGAUUGCGUGUAUCCUUACUGCCAUUAUCUACAAAUAUGUUGAAUGGAAAGGGUAAGGAAUCCGAUUCAUGAGAUUUACGUCAACUUUCAGAGCAAAGAAGGAAUGGGGAGAUGGUAUGAGAGGACUUGCGUUGUCCACAGCACAAUACUCACUCAUGAAGGUUGAAGAUAAGGACCCCCAUCCCAAGAAUUGGCGACCGCAGUUGAUGAUUCUAGUUGAUGGAAAAUAUUCCAAGGAAGUAAUCGAUAUGAGAUCCGUCAAUCUUCUCAACCUGGCAUCGCAAAUGAAGGCUGGUAAAGGAUUAGCGUUCACUGUGGCCUUUGUUAUCUCUAACGGAGGGCAUGGAGAAGAUAAAAAGAAGGCCGAGGAGAUCAAGGAACACGUCCAACGAGACAUGGAACAGGCUAAACUGAGAGGAUUCGGGAAAGCCCUGAUAUUUCAAGAGGAUCAAAUCCAGGGAAGUGUCUCCACUUUAUAUCAGAGUAUCGGAAUUGGAGGAUUGAGACCUAACACAGUAAUGCUCAACUUUCCCAGAAUGGGAGGAUUACAACAUCACACAGAACAGCAUAUAUUUGCAGGUAAUCAAACAUAAGACGUAAAGUAAUCUUAAUUCAGAACAACUAAUCAGAGGGGUUCAGCAUGAGAAUUGUAUUAUUGUUUGCAAAGGAAUCACGGAUUUCCCGAAACAGAAUGAACGCCUUAAGGGAACUAUUGACAUCUGGUGGAUUGUACAUGAUGGUGGUAUCUUGAUGUUAAUCGCCUACCUUCUUCAACAACAUAAAGUAUGGCGAGGAUGCAAACUAAGGAUUUAUGUUAUUACACAUGACGACGACAGCAACGAAGAGAUGAAAGCACGAUUACAGAAACACAUCUACAUGUUGCGUAUAGACGCUACUGUCUUUGUAAGUACAAAAAAUCGUAUAAAAUCCCUUAGAUUGUAAACAUGAUUGGCCCCGACAUAUCUGAUGAUGCGGUUCAAAAAACAAUCAACAUGGAGCAAAGGACCAAACUCAUCAAGAAUAUGUCAAAUGGAUUCUCCAAUGGUGGAUUUGUUGGUGACGAGAGAAGUCCAUCAAGGCAGAGCUCAAUGAGGAUGAACUUGGGACAAAACAACAACGACAGCUUGGGAUCAUUGUCCGUGCCCGGAAAACCCAGUCAAAACGAUCUGAUCGAGACCAGUUUUAUACAACAAACAUUCGAAGGAGAUAACACAGACACACUCCAGAGUGGUGACACAAUCGACAUCAAGGAUCUGGAUGAUACUAAAGUGAGUUCAACGUUGAGAAAAAAUUAUCUUCCAGGUUCAAAAAAUGAGUGCAGCCAUUCGAAUGAACCAGGUAAUACUGGAAUACUCAAACGAGAGUCAACUCAUUCUACUAUCCCUUCCACGACCACCGAAACACACUCAGCGACUGGUCGAAAAUUACCUUGCCUAUGUCGAAGCCCUUACAGAAAAGUUGCCACGAGUCAUGUUAAUCGGAGGCUCUGGGAAGGAGGUGAUCACGAUCGACUCAUAA